AUGGCUCGGGUCCUCGACGCCUGUCAUCAAGCCAUCAAGGAUGUUGAGCACUUCGCCCGCCAGCUCUCCGAGGACUUUCCCGGGCGCCUAUUCCUGCACCUUUGCCACGAGCACGGCCCCGAGACACCCUUCGACUGGAAGGGCGCCACGGAAGACGUAGAAACGGCCUUCCAGGGCUUGCGGAGUGAAGAGAAGCAAUCCUUCGUCAAGCAGUACGGCGGGCUGGUUUACGAGACCUACGGCGGUCCGGUCCGGCUGUUCAGCGAGAGUCUCGACGAGGGUAAUGCUCCCAUUCCCUUCGAGCAUGGCGGACGGGUCGAGUUCAACUUGCAGGAGGAUUGCGAAAUCAUCAAGCAGUGGGCUGCGAGUCUUCCGGCGUCUAUAACUGCGUCGCCUGGAAGCCCUACCCCGACGAGAGAGUUCCGCGCGUACUACGGCUUUGAGACGAUGGGUGGGAAGACUAGGACGAAUGCGUAUGUGGUCUACGCCUGGCUUUUUUCUGAAGCGUGA